AUGUUCGUUCUCCCGCCUCCCCCGCGAUAUCCCUCGCACUCGGGCGCCUAUGGCGCAAUGGGCGCAGGCAUCGCUCCCAUGAUCGAGACGAACAACAUCCUCUCCAAUCCCGAGGGUCCUGAGUACCAGUUCCUGGUCGGUGAGGGAACCUACAUCCUCAAGGAAGACCUCCACCUCGCGACACCGCCCCCUCACCCCUCCGAAGCUCCCGUCGUUAACCCGAACCCGCUUGCGACGAACCCGCAGCCUGCGACCGCCGGCACGAAGCUAUCUCUCAUAAGCCUCGACAUGCGCGCCGCACCGCCUUUCUUCUACAAGGGUUCAUCCGCCACGACCCUGUCCCUCGGUGGCGAUAUUCAAGAACAUCCCAAUGAGAGCCGGUACUCGACCGAGGCAGGGCUCAGCAGUGAUGGCGGCGGUGGGACCUCGCUCAGUGAUGCGCCGCCAACAUCGCUUACCAUGGUAUCGGCGCCAGCAUUCGGUGACGGCAACACGGCGCUCGCGCCCACCAACACCAAAGAUGCUGCGAAGAAGAAGGUGCCGAAGCCGAAGAACAACAUGACUAAGAGCAACUCUUCAUUCAUUUCUAGAGUGAUAGUAAACGAGAGUUUGACCAAAAAACUUCAAGAGCGGCCCACGGAUGGAGUCUUCGCAUUUGCCAACAUUAAUCGGGCGUUUCAAUGGCUGGAUCUGUCAUCGCCGACAAAGGCCGAUUACUUGACUAAGAUUCUGUUUACUAAGGCUCACUGUCUCUGCCACGACGUCAAUUCGGUCACGAAAAGCAUUUCACACAUAGAUGUCAUCAUGGGCUUCUCUACUGGUGAGAUUAUCUGGUGGGAGCCCGUGUCGCAACGAUAUACCCGUUUGAACAAAAACGGCAUCAUCAACGGCACUCCGGUGUCUGAAAUUAGAUGGAUUCCCGGCUCGGAGAGUCUAUUCCUGGCCGCACAUAUGGACGGUUCGCUUGUGGUGUACGACAAGGACAAGGAGGACGCGCAGUUCUCGCCGGAGGAGGAGUUAGCAGCUAAUGGGAUGACGAACGGCGAGAGCGAGUCGAUGAAUGGCAUCAACCACAACCUCAGGAUCCAGAUCAACAAGUCAGUUCACUCCAAGAACCAGAAGACUAACCCUGUAGCGUCUUGGAAACUGUCCAACCAGCGGAUCAACGCCUUUGCUUUUAGUCCCGACAACAGGCAUCUGGCUGUGGUUUCAGAGGAUGGCUCUCUCCGUAUCAUUGACUACCUAAAGGAAGAACUGUUGGACCUCUACCACUCGUACUAUGGCGGCUUCAUCUCUGUCUGCUGGUCUCCGGAUGGCAAGUAUGUGUUGACAGGCGGGCAAGACGAUCUAAUUUCAAUCUGGUCCGUCGUGGACUCGGCCAUUGUGGCGCGCUGCCAAGGUCAUCAAUCCUGGGUCACGUCGGUUGCUUUCGACCCGUGGCGUUGCGAUGACAGAAACUAUCGUUUCGGAAGCGUCGGCGAGGACUGCAGGCUGUGUCUAUGGGAUUUUAAUGUUGGCAUGCUUCAUCGCCCCAAGGCGGCAUCCGUCCACCACCGGGGCUCCGUGUCAUCACGAUUCGCUAGUCCUCUGCAGAGACAAGAAACAGCGAACACAUCAGCGAGCCGGAUCCGGUCCAACUCGACCCUUUCGGGAGGCGCUGUCGACGAGGAGAGCAGCAUCGUUCACCCAGUCGAACCGCGGGCUAGAAUCGCCAUGUUGCCCCCUGUAUCUUCUAAAGCACUUGAUACCCACCCUCUCUGCUGGCUUGCUUUCACGGAAGAAGCCAUUAUCACAAGUUGCAAGUCGGGACACAUCCGGACGUGGAACAGGCCGACAGAUGCCCCAGUGCCAAAGGAGGGGACAUCUUAG